GGAGAUGUGCACACUGACCGCAGGCUUAACAGAUAACAGCACCAAAGUUGGUGUGUUGUUUUUUCUUCAUCUUCUUUGGCUUGGCCACGAAAGCGUUUUACAUGCAGCAAGUUCUUCUUUUUUUUUUUUUUUACAGUUAGAAAGUUUGAGCGCAGAGUUUCCCAUGAACACACGCUGGGACUGUAACGAUGAUAAAACAACAUGAAACGCGUUAUUAUAUAACAGGCUUUUCCUGUGCGUGGUCGUUUUGUGUCUGCAAGGCUCAAUAGUGAGUUUUUGGCGACUUUUAUUUUGAAAUAUUCACUUUUUAUAUAACAUUUAUUGAAAUUGCCUCCUCAUUGGGGUUCACGGUGCGCAUUAGAGCGCUUUAAAAGUGCAUUACGCAGCUUAUUCUUUAACUCAGGAGUCAAAUAUUUCAAGUGUUACACGUUGUUGCAGCUGUUUGCCUCCAUACAUGACUUCAGACCGACUCUCGCUGGCCAAACCCUCCGCGUUUUGCAACUGUCCUCCAUGCGGAACCCAUAAUUGGAGACCUCACUGUGCCAUCCACUCUGCGCGCGCUCUCACUCGGUGCAGUAAUGAUGCAGCAGCACGAGCGCCUGCUCAAAGUCUUGGUCAUCGGCGACCUCGGGGUCGGUAAAACGUCCGUGAUAAAGCGCUACGUGCACCAGGUCUUCUCCCAGCACUACCGGGCCACCAUAGGAGUGGACUUCGCCCUCAAAGUGCUCAACUGGGAUCACAAGACGGUGGUGCGGCUGCAGCUGUGGGACAUCGCCGGGCAAGAACGCUAUGGCAACAUGACCCGUGUGUAUUACAGAGAGGCGGUAGGGGCCCUCGUCGUCUUCGACAUGACCAGACUGUCCACGUUUCAGGCCGUCCUCAAGUGGAAGGGAGACCUGGACUCAAAGGUUGCCCUUAGCAACGGGAGGUCGGUUCCAGUCGUGCUAUUGGCCAACAAGUGUGACCAGCGGCGUCAUGGGUUGUGCCCCAAGCUGCCCAAACUGGAGAACUUCUCCAGAGAGUACGGAUUCGUCGGCUGGUACGAAACCUCCGCCAAGGACAACACCAACAUUGACGCAGCCAUCACGUGCUUGGUAAAGAACAUCAUGUCCAUGGAGGAGGAGAGAGCCUUGAGUGAUGCAACAGCCUCCACCGCCAAAACCGAAGCAGAAGGCAGCGUUCUGGUUCUGCCUCGCUUCGACUACAACGUUAAGGAGAAGGGACUCGGUGGGUGUUCAGGGUGUUCCUCACUUAAACCCAGAGACGGAGACAACGACUGAUUGAUGUUUCUGAACCAAGAGACUGGAAAGAGACGAGAGGAGAUUACUUUGAUGAAUGAUGAAUAUGUUCUAACUUAAAGCUGCAUCCCCUUCCUCCAUCCCUUUGUUCUCACAAACAAAUUUCCUCUGAGAUGUUAGAAGAAGUUUUUUAGAAAAACGUUUUUUUAUUUAAUAAAAUAAUUGUUUUAUUUUUGCAACCAAAAUUGAGUUAAAAGUUAGUUCCAUUAUUAUUAUAAAUGUAUUAUGGCUUUGACUCAUGUUUUUAUGAACAAUUUGAAGGAUUUUGUCUACAAUACAGCAACACUUUACAAGCUUGAGACACGUGAGUUUUAAUUUCUUGUUUUAUUAAAGGAUUCAAUCCUUUUACUUGUGAAUAACAGAUUGAAAGUAAUUAUACAAUUGUUUUAUAUUCAUAAAAGUGCACUUUCUAAUCAUAUCUUUUCUAUAUCUCGUCCAAACACAAGUUAUUUUUUUUGGCUUUGAUGCUUUUGUUGUACAAAACAAACAGUGCGUGUGAUUUCUCUUUGAAAAUAAGAAAAACAGGAUUUAAAUGUAUUUAAACAAUAUCAAUUUAAUUCAGUUGGAUUUGAUAAAACUUUAUUUGUAUAGUGCCAAUUCAUAAUAAAAGUUAUCUCAGGACACUUAGGCAGGUCUAGACCAUAG